UUCUUCCAGAUUGAUCAACCUUGCAUUCCAUGUAUAGGAGAAUGUUCUAGAUUUGGAUGUGAAAUUGGCUGCAACACUGCCCAGAGUGUUCAGAAAACAUUUACUCUCUCCAAUAUCACCCUGCCAUCAAAGACAUUAACUGUGAAUGAAACAGGCCAUGAGAGUCAACAAAUUAUUUCUUACUAUCUUACAGUGAGGAGUAUAACAGGAUCAGGGCACAUUGCUGUAGCCUCCUCUAAUGGUUUCUAUGUGGAUGACACUCCUCCUGUGUUUGAUCCAGAUGUCAUGACAAAUGGAUUCUUCUAUUACGAUGUAGGACAAGGAGAGAAUACACCUGUCAAGUUCCAACAAUCCAAUGACACAAUCAAAUGUAUCUGGAAAUGUGAAGAUAAAGAAAGUGGAAUUGUGGAAAACUUCUGGGCCAUUGGAACCACACCAGGUGAAACAGACAUUCAGAACUUUACAUCCACAGGACAAAAUAUAACAGGAGUCAAUAGUAAAUUGGGUGGAGUCUUGAAAGAUAACCAGACAUACUAUGCAAGCUUUACUUGUACCAAUGGAGCAGGACUGAAUGCAACCUUCAUAGAUACUGGAGGUGUCAUAGUGAAGCUGAUCCCACCAGAAGUUGAUAUGAUAAACACCACUAUACCUGGAACCUCUCACUUCACCGAGGAAGUCAACCCUAAAGAUUCCCUCCAGCAACAGGACCCCACCUCUAUUGGAUUCACUUUUACUAAGUCUGAAGAUCCUUCUGUCAACAGAUAUGAUCUAUGUGUUGGAUCUGAGGUAGAAACUGAUGAUAUCUUUCCAUGUACCUGGGUGGGCUACAACAUGUCUGGGUCUGCAGAAAUCAAGAAUGGAUCUCUGUGGAUUGAUGGAAAUGAAGUCAGAAAACUGUCUGAAUUAAAAAGAUACCAAGAUUUCACCAACAUAACCAACUCCUCCUCCAAUAGUUUUACAAUGCCAGUGGGUCAGCAAAUGUUUGUGACAUUGAGACUCUGUAAUGAGGCAAUGCUGUGUAAUAACAAGAGUCUGGGUGUAGUGGUCAUUACCAACAGUAAUUCUGUGGUAGCUACAUCUACCAAUGGUAGUGCCAUAGAGGAGAAACUGUCAAUCACCCGCAGGAAACGAGCUUUAGCAGAAGUGGAUAUAAGAACACCAAGUGGACUACCAGAUGGACAGGCAAUAAUUGUAACUAAACUUAGUGCUCCUGAUCUCACAAAAGAUUACCGCUCUGAUGCCUCUAUAGAUUUUGUGUCAUACAUACAGAAUCCAGCCACAUCUAUGGAUAUGGUGGACAGACUGCUUUACAAAAGGUUCUAUGGACAGAGCUUUGCUUUCUCUGUGGCUCCUCUGGGUAAUGUUCCUAUGCCAGGUCCCAUGGUCAUCACAUACCCCGACAGUGUGGGUCACGUAACCACAGGAAACAGAACAAUGCUACUGCACUGGAACCCAGUUAUGCAAUAUUGGGAGAUUUCCAGCAGGACUUGUAAACACCUUCCUCCUGAAGAACAAGAAGUUUAUGAUGCUAUCAAACAAACCAUGGCUGUCAAGGUGUGUAAUACCUGGGCGAAAAAUGACAAUGAUAAAUCCAAGGAGUCGAGGAAGAGAAGAUCUACAACAGAGACAAUUAAUUACUUUGGCAAGGAGACCAUGUUCAUUCUAUCUAUAACCAAGGCAUCUAUUCAGAACUCAGCACCUAAAUUAGACAGUCAAACUGAGGUUCUCAUAAAGGAAGACUCAGGGACUCUGCAUUACAAGCUCUCAGCUGCAGAUGAAGAAGGAGAUCACAUCAUCUUUUCCCUUUUAAAUCAAACUUUGACUGGUGAUGUCUUUCUGUCAGAUAAUGGAUAUCUGGUUUAUACUCCAUGUGUGGACUGCUCUGGUGAUGAAAGAAUAGACAUACUGCUUAUUGAAAAUCAGACCAACCCAGACAUUCCAGUAGCCAGCACAAAAGUGGCCAUAAACAUCCACAUCCAGCCAGUCAAUGAUUUUCCAACUGUGUUUUUGACUCUGAAUGGUUCAUCACUGCUGAGCAAAGAUCCAACAGAAGAUGUUAUAGUGUUACUAGAAGCAAUCAAUGACUUUACUACCAAUGAAACAGGACUCUGGAAGGCCAGAGUUGGAGCAUAUGAUGUUGAGAAAAGUGAUACAUUGAAAUUGAUAAUAUUUAAUCCCUUCAAUUUGAGCAUUUCUGUGACUGGGGAAAAUAAACAAGUGCCUCAUUUCAGUGCAGACUGUAAUAGAACAGAUAUAUUUACACCAACCAUGAUGCCAUGUGCAGACUUCUCCAGGAAACUCCCACACGCAGCUUCUGAUUUGACAUGGUUGACAUACAUCGUCCAGUUUACACAGCCCAGGAAUCAGUUUGGCAAUUACACUUUUAGUUUCUAUUUUGAGGACAGCUCUAAUGGAACCUCUCCUCCUGUGAACAUUAAAUUUGGUAUAAUGGAGAUGCCUUGUCACAACAGUGGAACUUGUCAAGCCGCAGGAAUCUACCCCUGUAAAGAUACCCACAGGACUCACAGCUUUGAUGCCUACUACAGAUGUCAGUGUACCGGAGGAUACCAGGGUACAUACUGUACGGAGGACAUCAAUGAGUGCCUCAGUGACCCCUGUGAACCUCCCUUUGUCUGUUACAACAACCAGAACAGCUACCACUGUGCCUGUCCCUCAGACAAUCCUAACUGUGAAAUAGUUACAUGGAUGAUAGUGGUCAGUGUGUUCAUUGUGAUCUUUAUCCUAGUAUUGAUUGGUGUAGCUGUUUACAGAUACAGGACACAGAGAAUGAAGAAGUAUGUUUUAAAUUUCAUUGACAGUCAAUUUAUGAUUGCAAGAAAAAUGACAUUUCCAUGGUACAUUUGUAUUUUAUUGUUCAUUACAUGUAUUUUAUUUUGUAGAAGAAGUUCUUCUGAAACAUCUGUUCCAAGUAUACUAGAUCAAAAUCAAGAUGAAUUUACAGAAUCAGAAGAGGAAUUAGAACAUCCACUUCAAGCAGGAGAGAAUAUUAAUCACUUCAAUGUACAACCUCCUUUCCCUGACCAACAGAAAAAUGUUUUCCGAGCAGUUUCUCUUAGUGAGGACAUCUGUCAACCUAAACCUGGACAUGAAUAUAGUAAUCAGGAUUUGUCCAAGUGUGAAUUUGUGAAUCAGGCAUUUGAUGAAGAGGAUGACUCCUUUUCUGAAGAAGAAGAAGAUGACAGUCAAGAUAUUCCCCGAGAUGAAUAUGAUAAUCAGGCAUAUUCUGAAGAUGAGGAUGGGAGUCAGGGUUUUCCUGAAGAUGAGGAUUCUGCGGAACAGGUGGAGAAUGGAAGAUAUGAUGAAGGGGAUGAGGACACUGAUAUUUCUGUAAUGGAAGAUGAUUUAUCUUUUGUGCAUCCCCCACCAGUCCCAGAAGAGGGUGUGUUUUGGGCAUUUGCUCAGAAUAAAGGCGCAUGUCAACUUUUUGCCAACAAAGAAUCUGAAGAUCAUGCUGAUGCUCCCUCUGAUGAUGAAACAAUAUUUGAUAAUGAUGAUGAUGACAUAGAAACUUCAUUUAUUGAAGAUGACGAGUCUUUUGUACAUCCCCCACCAAAUGUCAACUACCCAACACAUGCUGUGGAAAUAGAUGAUAAGUCUUUUGUACACCCUCCCCCAAAUUUCAACUAUCAUUCUGAAAUUGAAAUGCAGAAUAUGAAGAAAUUUUAUCAGCGUCAUACAAAAACAACUUUCAAGCCGCUCGUUCCAGCUGUAUAUGACCAAAACCAAUCCUCACAAAAUAGAGGAUUGACACCAAGAUUAAGGGGGAGACAAACUGGACGAUCUCCAUCCAGGGUUUUGUCAGCUGGUCCUUCUGGUAGGAAGCACAUCGGUGAAAAUCUACCCAUCUCACCAAAAGGUAAGGAAAAGAGGAAGACAACAAUGGAUGGUAGAUUACAUUCCCCCAUAGCAGCGGAGGCAGAGAGUAAGACAGAAAACAAGACACAGGGACCUGUUGAUCCAGACCAGGUCAAUUCUGAACCUGCACAAUUAUGUGUCUUUGUAGAGGACACCAGUGAUGAACAGUCUGUGUGAAAAGAACUUAAGUAACCUUGACAGACCUGAACUCUUAUCUUUGAUUUGAGUAAUUCUCUUCUUUGUAAUAGUCAAUUAUUAGUUUUGCUUUCUUAAUAUUUUGCAUCUCUAAUUCAUCAUAUUGUACAAUGUUAUUAUAGUUGUUUGAAAAUGUAUAGCUUUUGAAAGAUAUUACCCACUUUUAUUUUCUUUUCAACACUGACUAUGCAUCUUU